AUGUUUGCUGGUAACCAUUUCGAUGAGGAGGACUUGAUGAGGAUGUUCCUAAAUGGGAUGAGAGUGGAUCUCCGCGGCAGAUGCAGUGUUGUUACUUACACCAGUUUGGAGGAUCUGGUAGAGAAGGCUGUUGUGCAGGAGGCAUGUCUUGCCGAGGAGCAGAAGCAUUCUGAGGCAGCUCAGCCUAAGUCUGAAAAGAUUUUAGGAUCACAUAAGAGGAUAUCGGAACAGUCAGGAAAACCUAGUUGUGCCCGCUGCCAUCGCUACCAUUUCGGAGACUGCGUCAAGUGUUUUGCAUGUGGGCGGUUAAGCCAUGUGGCCAAAUAUUGUCGAUUCACGAUAGUGGAUGGAACCGGUACCGGGCAGGGUGCAGCACCAACGACACUAGCAGCCGCUUCAAAGAAUUGUUAUGGUUGUGAUCAGCCUGGUCAUAUUUUCAGGGAUUGCCCGAGGGGACAUGCUACACUCCCACCACCGCCUAAGCGCCAAGCCAUCGAUCCAUGA